AUGGCAGUAUUGGGAAACAAUAAAGGUUUGUGUGGCAAUAAUACUGGUCUUAAACCUUGCCCAACAAACAGAAGAAAAGGUAGCAAUGCAACUUUAGUAUUGAUCAUCCUCUAUAUUGUAUGCCUUAUAAUUUCAUUGCUUAUCAUUGUUGGCAUAAUUUUCAUCUACCGAAUGAGAGAGGCUGCCGUGGAUGAGCCAACAGCAGCACCUAUUGAAACUUACUUUGCGACAUGGAACUAUGAGGGGGAAAAUGUACAUGAAGAAAUACUUAAAGCCACACAGAAGUUUGACUCCAAAUAUUGCAUUGGAGUUGGGGGAUAUGGGUGUGUCUACAAGGCACAAUUACCGACAGGUGAAGUUGUUGCUAUAAAGAAAUUCCACAAAAACGAUGGAAUAUUGGACGGUGAAGAAGCUUUUACAACUGAGAUCAAUGGAAGCUUAGCAGACAACUUGAGAGAUGAAGUUAAAGCAUUGGAGUUGGGAUGGAGAAAGCGAGUGAACAUUGUGAAAGGUUUGGCAAAUGCCACAUGCUAUAUGCACUAUGAAUGUUGUCCUGCUAUAAUUCACAGAGACAUAUUGAGUAAGAAUGUUCUGUUGGAUGACGAAUGUGAAGCUCACAUUUCUGACUUUGGUUCUGCUACAACUUUAGAUCCAGACUCAUCAAAUUAG